AUGUUGUCGCCGCGACCCCGGUCCGCACCUACCUCCCCUUUGGCCCGAGAUGGAUCGUUCACCUUGACCCCAUUCCCCGAUAGGAGACAAGCCCGCCGGAAACCGAGGACAGUACAGGUGUCAGCGUAUGGAGACUUGAGCUGGAGUCAAGAAGCUUCGGACUUGCAUUCAAGACCACCACGCCUUCCUCUUACUGGAGCACUCCGGUCUACAUCAGUCACGCUCGCCCCGAUUUCCGAGGAACAUAAGGACCAGCGAGGCACAGGGCGACCACUUCGUCCCCCACUCCACGCAUCAUACACUCCAUCUAGCCUUGGGCCAAGACGCCUCCCACCUGUCGAGGCUCUCGUCGACGUUCCCGACUUUGGACUCGGCCGGCGACGAGAGCGCUCAUCCUACAUGCCUGCAGCGAUUCCCCCACCCAUAUCUACACCCCGAUACCCCGAUAGUCGGUGCUCUGAAACGCCGAGCCCGCGCACUCCCUCACCUCCCGUCACGCCCGAGACGCCCGAUAUUGACACACGCCGCGUUCGCGACAACAUGGACGAUCUGAAUCGCAAGUUUGCCCAGGAGCUUUGUAUGUAA